AUGUACCUACUCAAAACUGUACCAACUAAACUGAACUUAUUCACCCAAUUCGCUAUUCAUGGACACGACCUGAUAUCAGCCAUCGCACAAAUUUAUCUAACACUAGGGACAACACCGUUUUUAGGAGUCAGUAAUAUUGUGCAGCUGUGGACUCAAAUCAUCUUAAUUUCACUCAGUGGAUCUUUCUCUCUGCUGCUAGUCAUAAACCGAACUCUUGCAAUUUCUUCAGAAAUGAGAAAAUGGAAAAAGGUGAUAUUGAGCGUGUUCUUCAGUCAAGCAGUUGGACAAGUCGUUUUCCUAGCUGCUGCUGGAUUGACUAUAAAGGAUUUGAAUGAAGAGGGACGACGACAGUGUUUAAAGAUAAUAUCUUCUGAGUAUUACCAGAUAUGA